GCUUCGCGUUCGCUGGGUAAACGGUUGUUCAUCGGCCUUCCGCGUUUUCCUGCGACUCUGCGCAGUGACGUGUCGCGUUGACGGCGGGUCGCGCGCUGUGGAGAAGCUGCGGGCUGAAGUGUGUGUGUGUGUGGAGCUCCGCCCUCCAUGCGCACUCCGCGGCCCGCCCAACGCCCGCUAACUCCCGAUCCAACCCUGCCCGAGUCUGGGGGAAUCCGACGGCCUUGCCUGCCCGGGGAAAAUCUGGAGGCCGCCCCGUGCGUUGAUCUAUGUUGUGCCGUGGCCAAUGAAGAAUAAAGACGAUGGAUGAGGAGGUGACAAGGCUUGCUCUCCGCUCCCAGGAGCCCAAGAUUAUACUGCAUGGCUCAGGGGAGGGAGGUGCUGGAGACGAGGAGUAUGUGGUGGAGCUGCAGGAGACAGUGCUGGUGUCUGAGGUGGAGGGGGAGGGGGGGUCGGUUCAGGGCUUCUCCUCCGACGAGCUCGUCAUCCAGGACGCCGUCGAGGACGUGGUUGCCGAGUAUGUGCACUGCGAUGACGACGAGGGCGUUGCCGUGGAGACCUGUGUGAUGUCACUGGAGGAGGAGGAGGAGGAGGAGGAUGGUGUUGCCAUGGCAGAGAUGACUGAGGAUGUGUUGGUGGCGGAGGGGAGAGAGCAGGACGGCCUGGACCCCGAACACGACUCGGACAGCUGUGGAGACUACCUGAUGAUCUCCUUGGACGACGCUGGUAAGAUGGUGUCGGGAGACGGAGAGGAGGUGACGGUAGAGGGGGCGAUAGAUGACCAGGAGGUGGAGAAAGAUGAGGACGGACAGGAAGUCAUUAAAGUUUACAUCUUUAAAGCAGACUCGGGAGAGGACGACCUUGGAGAGACGGUGGACCUCAGUGAGAACGAGGCCGUCGCUCUGGCUGAGCCUGUGAUUCGUCCGCUGAGAGAGAAGAUGGUCUACAUGUCUGUGGGAGACGGUCAUCAUACACAGACUGAUGGAGGCUCUAAGCUCUCGGAUGAGGUGUACAUGGAGGUGGUGGUUGGAGGCGAGGAGCCGGUUCCUCAUGACAGGCCGUAUGAUGGCACCGCCCUGAGCAAGGACUUCAUGCCUGUGGCGUGGGCAGCUGCAUACGGUGCGGACGAGGGCUGUGAGAACCGUAACGGUGCAGCGAGCGCGUUACUGCACAUCGACGAGUCGGACGCACUGGACAAACUCAACCGGCAACACGGCAAGAAGAGACGAGCUGAACCCCGACAGGUCCAGACAGCGAUCAUCAUCGGUCCGUACGGACAGCCUCUGACGGUCUACCCCUGCAUGCUGUGCGGUAAGAAGUUCAAAUCCCGCGGCUUCCUGAAGCGACACACUCGCAACCACCACCAGGACGUGUUGAGUCGCAAAAAGUACCAGUGCACGGACUGCGACUUCACCACCAACAAAAAAGCCAGUCUGCACAACCACAUGGAGGUCCACGCGCUCAGCAACAAAGCGCCGUUCGAAUGCGAGACCUGCGGUAAAGAGUUUCACCAGCAGGCGGCGCUGUUCUCGCACCGUCUCCAGCACCACCACCGCGAGCAGAAAACGCCCACGGCAAUCGCAUCGCCCUCUCCUCCCGCCGCCACGGCGAAGACGCACAAAUGCAAGUUUUGCGAUUACGAGACUGCCGAGCAAGGGCUGCUCAAUCGCCACCUGCUGGCCGUUCACAGUAAGAGCUUCCCGCACAUAUGCGUGGAAUGCGGGAAAGGUUUCCGCCACCCGUCGGAGCUAAAAAAACACAUGCGCACGCACACCGGCGAGAAGCCGUACUCGUGCAUGUACUGCGAUUACAAAUCCGCCGAUUCGUCGAACCUAAAAACGCACGUGAAAACGAAGCACAGCCGCGAGCUUCCGUUCCGCUGCGAGCGUUGCGGUCAAACGUUCGCCGAGGAGGACGAGCUGACGCAACACGCCACGACACACGAGGACGCUCGCGGACACCAGUGCAACCACUGCGACCAUCGCAGCUCCAACUCUAGCGACCUGAAACGGCACGUCAUUUCCGUGCACACUAAAGACUACCCGCACAAGUGCGCCAUCUGCGGGAAAGGCUUCCACCGGCCGUCCGAGCUUAAGAAACACUCCGCGUCGCACAAAGCCAAGAAACUGCACCAGUGCCGCCACUGCAACUUUAAGAUCGCAGACCCGUUCGUACUCAGCCGGCACAUCUUAUCCGUUCACACGAAGGAGCAACAGCAACAACAGACGUCGCAACAACCGACUCCGCCCACUUCCGAGUCGUCGCCACCACAAGCCCCGCCCACAGAAAAGAGCGCCCCCAAGAGGACUAUAGGGGCGGCGGAGUUAGCGGCGCCCUCGGUAAAGAAAGCCAUUGGCUCCAAGGGUCCGCGGGAAAGGCGUGUGUAUCAGUGUCAGUAUUGCGACUACAGCACGGGAGACGCGUCUGGCUUCAAAAGACACGUUAUUUCCAUCCAUACUAAAGACUAUCCUCACCGCUGUCAGUACUGCUCGAAGGGCUUCCGGAGGCCUUCGGAGAAAAACCAGCACAUUAUGAGACAUCAUAAAGACAUGGUGCCGGGAGAAUGAACACCUUCGUUUUCUCCCUCCGCUCACUUCCAUAAAGACACUAAACGACCAUUGAUUUGAAAUCCCUCAUGCUAGAAACUCUUACAAAGACCUUUCAUGCAUAGCAGCGCGCACGUGUGUGUGUGUGUGUGUGUCUGUAUGCGAGAGCGUGCAUAUGAACGUGCUUUAUGCUUAAUGAUCACAUGGUCUGCAGUCUUAAAGGAACAGUUCACCCUCAAAUUUAAAGGGUCGUCAUUCACUCGCCCUCAUGUUGUGUAAAACCUGCAUGACUUUCUUUCUACCAAGGAAUGUAAAAGUUUUUUUUAGUUAAUUUAAAAAA